CAAGAAAUCAGCCACGCACAUCUCAUCACUAGCCCAGUCGAUUGCAUCACUUUCAUACGAUGUCAUUCUACGCCUCGGGACCGUCCGCCAAUGGCCCGCUAUCCCCUUCCUUCUCCCCCUGGGGCUCCACAACAGACGACGUCGACGACCCAUGGCGGGUCCAAUCUACUUCUUCCACAUCAGCAGCCGGCGGAGAUUCUCUGACGGCAUCGACCAGCUCGUCGUCUGCUGCAGCCCCAGAUCCUGAUGAUACGGAUGAGCGGGCAGCGUUCGGCGGAAAGCCACACUCGCCGCCCGCACCACCUAUCACCGCGCCAACAACAACGAGCUCCUUUGGCAACAAUGCUCACGGAGGAUCAGGAGGUGGAGCCAGUGGUGGCUUUGGCAGCGCUGGCGCUAUCUCUGGAUCAGAUCUGGUCGGCGUGGGUAGGACGCCCGCUACCUCGCUAGGCCGCACUUCCUCUAGCGGAGGCUGGGGGCCUUCUCCUGGUCUAGAGGAGGAGCAGAGAAGGUCCUACCUCUUCUCACAGCCUGGAGAGAGGGAUACGUCCAACAGCAUUAGGCAAGACGAGGAAGUCUACAACUACCGGCCUCCGACCUUUGGCAACAACAGUCGUAUUGACAGGGACGAGUCUGGCGGGUCGUCAGGCCCGACACCGCCCUACAGCAGAGGAGGCAAUGAGUCAGGGGCCUUUAUGGGAGGCCCAGCAGCAGCGGGAGGAUUUGCACCUCGAGCAUUCAACUCUCAUACUCCGUCAUCUAUGCUACCAAAUCGAUCGCACGAUGGCUCCUCCAACCCUGCAGCUCAGGGACAGUCUCGGGUCGUAGAACAACAGAGACAAAUUGUCCCUGGCUACCCCAUGCCGCAAGGCCUCGCAGGAGGCAACACAGGAUACUCGCCAUUUGCUAGAGUGGAUAGUCUGGGCACAAGACGUGAGGCGCCGGAGGAUAUGUAUGGAGUGCCGGAGAACUUCUUGGAGGUGGAAGUAAGGAAUCCGAUGACGCACGGCUACGGAAGGAAGAUGUACACAGACUAUGAGAUCGUAACAAGGACAAACAUUCCGGCUUUCCGCUUCCGUUACUCGACAGUACGUCGGCGCUACUCAGACUUCGAGUACUUCAGAGACAUCCUGGAGCGUGAGACCACUAGAGUAAACAUUCCGCCUUUGCCUGGAAAGGUCUUCACAAAUCGAUUCACGGACGAGGUCAUUGAGAGCAGGAGAGAGGGUUUGGAAAGAUUCAUUACGGGUGUCGCCAGCCAUCCUUUGCUACAGACUGGCUCCAAAGUCCUGUGCGCAUUCCUGCAAGACCCGGCCUUCAUGAAGGAGCAGUGGUCGUAAUACCAGCACAUGCAGUACUUGUCGAUGUUUCGGCUCGAAGGGGACGAGCUGAAGCGCAGAUGCGCUUCACUGGAAUGUACUACCUCAGGGGUCCCGCUCCGCCGGGUCAGCAGCUGGGUCUACUUCACCUGCGCGAGCUACCACCCCACCUCAUGUAGCGACCUUCUGUCCCCCCUGUUUAUCUGUUCCAAAUUCUCAGCGCAAUGUUACCUCUUCUCCCGAC